CGUUCCUCUAUAUAAACAACACUCGACUCCUCCAAAUUCCCCACAUCCUUCAUACCAUCACGUUGCAUUGAGUUCGAGCUGUCCAAUACGAAAUGGGGUUCAAGAAACUCUUCUUCUUAGUUGCCUUGGCGCUCGUGUCAAUCCUCGGGAUCGCCGAGAGCUUUGACUUCCACGAGAGGGACCUGGCGUCAGAGGACAGCCUGUGGGACCUGUAUGAGCGGUGGCAGAGCCACCACGGGGUGUCCCGGAGCCCCGAUGACAAGCACAACCGGUUCAACGUGUUCAAGCAGAAGGUCAUGCACGUCCACCGGGUGAACCAGCAGGACAAGCCCUACAAGUUGAAGCUCAACAAGUUCGCUGACAUGACCAACCACGAGUUGAGGAGCUCGUGUGCUGGGGCGGACGAUGACCACCACAGGAUGUUCCAUGGGGCGCAACGCGGCUCCACGAGCUUCAUGUACGAGGACGACACUCUGGUGCCCCCGUCUAUUGACUGGAGGGAGAAGGGCGCGGUCACCGAUGUCAUGCACCAACGCGGCUGCGGUUGUUGCUGGGCAUUCUCGGCCGUGGCAGCGGUCGAGGGAAUCAAUUACUUGAGGACGAACAAGCUCCUCUCUCUUUCCAAGCAAGAGCUGGUGGACUGCGCGUCCCCACCAAACAAAGGGUGCGAGAGCGGGCACAAGGAAUAUGCAUUCGAGUUCAUCAAGGAAAAGGGCAUCACGUCCGAGUCGAAUUACCCGUACCAAGCUAUCCAUGGGACCUGUGACGUCGCCAAGGUGAAUUCUCCUGUUGUGUCGAUCGACGGAUACCAAUAUGUGCCAUUUAACAAUGAGGAUGCGCUGCUGAAGGCGGUUGCAAAUCAGCCCGUUUCUGUGACCAUCGAUGCCAGCGGUGUUGAUUUCCAAUUAUACUCAGAGGGCAUAUUCACUGGACAGUGUGGCACGAGGCCAAUUCAUGAAGUCGCGAUCAUCGGCUAUGGGAGCACUCUCCAGGGGACCAAGUACUGGAUUGUGAAGAACUCGUGGGGUCCGGAUUGGGGCGAGAAGGGCUACAUAAGGAUGCAGCGUGGCAUCGCUGCUAAGGAAGGGCUCUGUGGCAUAGCCAUGCGGGCCUCAUACCCCGUCAAGAACUCGAAUAAUCCUGGUGGAGUUUAUUCCUAUUAAGGAUGAACUCUAAGCACUGACUCAAGAUUGACUAGUGAUAAAGAGUGUCUUGGCUUUCAUUUGUUUCCUCUGUUUGAAGUGGGCAUGUCCCGUCACAUAGACACAAAUAAUGUCUGCUCCCAAUGAUUCCUUUAUGCGUGUUCAUAGGGUCUCAUAGGCAGCGAGAUAAGUUGGUCUUUCCUAGAAUUUUAUUUUAAUGAUGCGAGAUCUACAAUGAUUCAAUUCC